CUAACCCUGCCUUCAACCACCCCCAUUAAUUAGUACUGCAAGAAGAGUGAAUGAGUGAUGGCUCUCCAAGGAGAUAAUCUUGUUGUUUCUGUUAGAAAGCUUGAGAAGAUGCUUAGCAUGAAAGGAGGCAAAGGAGAGAGUAGCUAUGCCAACAACUCUCAAGCUCAGGCAAAACAUGCAAGAUCGAUGCUGCACCUUUUGGAGAGUACACUGGACAGGGUGCAACUAGAAUCUUCCCCUGAGACACCAUUUGCGGUGGCGGACUUGGGUUGUUCAUGCGGCGGCAACACCAUCUACAUAGUUGACGUCAUCAUCAAACACAUCACCAAGCGUUACGAGGCCAUGGGAAGUGAACCACCAGAGUUCUCAGCCUUCUUCUCUGACCUCCCUUCCAACGACUUCAAUACACUCUUCCAGCUUCUCCCUCCACUGGCCAUUAACGGUGGUAGCAUGGAGGAGUGCCUCGCAGCCGACGGCCACCGCUCUUACUUCGCAGCAGGCGUCCCUGGCUCUUUCUACCGGCGUCUUUUUCCGGCGAGAUCCAUAGAUGUUUUCUACUCCGCUUUCUCCUUGCAUUGGCUCUCUCAGGUGCCGGAGAUCGUGAUGGAUAAGAGAUCGACGGCUUAUAACAAGGGAAGAGUAUUCAUCCACGAUGCAGGUGAGAGCACGGCCAAUGCUUAUAAGAAACAGUUCCAAGCGGACUUGGCGGGAUUCCUUAGGUCACGAUCACGUGAAAUGAAGAAAGGCGGGUCCAUGUUUCUCGUUUGCUUAGGAAGAACGUCGGUGGACCCCACUGAUCAAGGUGGGGCCGGUUUACUUUUUGGGACCCACUUUCAAGACGCCUGGGAUGAUCUCGUCAAAGAGGGUCUGGUGGAGAGUGAGAAAAGAGACAGCUUCAACAUACCAGUGUAUGCACCAAGCCUGCAAGACUUCAAGGAGGUAGUGGAAGCCGAUGGCUCAUUUGGCAUUAACAAGCUGGAAGUAUUCAGAGGAGGUAGCCCUCUAGUGGUUAACCGGCCAGAUGAUGAAGCAGAAGUGGGAAGGGCCUUAGCUAACAGUUGCAGGAGUGUUUGUGGGGUCUUAGUUGAUGCUCACAUAGGAGACCAACUCAGUGAAGAGCUCUUCAAAAGACUUGAGUGUAGAGCCACUAACCAUGCUAAAGAUCUUAUAGAACAACUACAGUUCUUUCACAUAGUUGCUUCUCUCUCCUUUGCAUAGAAGACAAGAAAAAAAAAGAUUGAAAGCAAAAAUGAAUCCAUCCACACAUACCCAACAGAGAUAGGGAUGUAUCAUUCAUGGUGGCCUGCUCUCUCUGUCUCUCUUGAAAAAAAUCUUCUUUCUUUGUGGGUGGGAGUGUGUGUGCAUCUGUGUAUGUUUUGUUAUUACUGACUGUGAAGUCACCUUUAUACUUGAUGGGUUAAUGUCUUUGACUCAUUUUAUGUUCCCUUGAAUCUGAACUUCUUAAGUAAAGUGAACCCAUUUUCAUUUUACUUUCUUUUGUGGCUUAUGAUUGUGUCCAUGUAAGUGAGGGUACUUUGAUUAUAGGGUUU